GUGCUGAGAGUCACAAUGCAGAAGGGUAAAAAAAAAUCCGUGAAUCAUUUGAUUAAUGAAUGCACCAUUGUUGUUGUUGUGAGGUCCAGUGUCAACAACAAUAACAACACCGUCACGGUGCCACUCUCACCGUGCCGUCACUACGGUGCGCUAUCACACAGCAAAAUGGAAGCAUUUCAAGAUUACCUUGUUAUGGCCCAGGAGUAUGUAAAUCAUAUAUGUGAUGGCAAGCCAGCAUGGGAGAUAAUCUUGAGAACAGCAGGAGCAACCAUCAUCUUGAUGUGGGCUAAAAAUUUUCUAUUCAGAGAUGAAUCACUCCUGGAACGAGGAAAAAAGAAAUUUUUUAAGUUGGCCAGAAAGGUUCCAGUAGUGAAGGACAGGAUUGAGAAAGAAAUGGAAAAGUUAACAGUUUCGAUGAUAGAUGAUCUUAACAAGGCAGUCAACAACACGUCAUACUUAACUGAACUUCCAGAGAACGGUUGGAGCCCUGAGAGGAUUAUGGAGGAGGCUGCUCAAUAUAUCCAGUUUGGUAGGUUUAAAUGGGAAACUGGAUGUGCAUCCGGCACUGUCUACAAUGGAAAUCAAGCACUCACUGACAUCAUGACCAAAGUAUACGGAAUGUCUGCAUGGACUAAUCCUCUCCAUCCUGAUGUGUUCCCGGGAGUGAGGAAGAUGGAAGCUGAAGUGGUGCGCAUGUGCUGUACAUUGUUUAAUGGAGAUACUAAGAGCUGUGGUUGUAUGACAGCUGGAGGCACAGAGAGCAUCAUCUUGGCAUGCAAGGCCUAUAGAGAUUAUGCCAUCAAUGUUAGAGGCAUCAAAUCACCAGAGAUGCUAGUACCAGCGUCAUCUCAUGCUGCAUUUGAUAAAGGUGCCCAGCUGCUGUCAGUGCGCAUAAAACAUGUGCCCAUUGAUCCUGUCACCAUGAAAGUGGACAUGAAGGCUAUGAAAUCAAUGAUUAACCGCAAUACUUGCAUGCUGGUAGGGUCAGCACCCCAGUUCCCACAUGGUGUCAUCGAUCCUAUUGAGGAGAUUGCAGCAUUGGGCAUUAAGUACAACAUCCCUGUUCAUGUGGAUUCCUGUCUUGGAGGUUUCCUUAUUCCAUUCAUGGAAGAGGCUGGCUAUCCCCUUCCAUUGUUUGACUUCCGUGUAACAGGUGUGACAAGUAUAUCGGCAGAUACUCAUAAGUAUGGCUAUGCUCCCAAAGGCUCAUCAGUGAUAAUGUAUAGGGAAGCCAAGUGGCGCCACCAUCAGUUCUUUGUCACCCCAGACUGGCAAGGUGGCAUUUAUGCAACGGCAACCAUUGCCGGAUCCAGAUCAGGGGGAAUUGUGGCAGCCAGCUGGGCAGCCCUUGUGUACCAUGGUCGCCAGGGUUAUGUCGACUACACAAGGAAAAUCAUUGAGACAGCUAAGAAAAUAGAGGAAGGAUGUCGUGCAAUUCCUGGGAUCUUCGUGUGUGGCAAGCCAGAUGUUUCUGUUGUAGCGUUUGGGUCCAACAAAUUCAACAUUUAUAAUCUCUCAGAUAUCAUGACCAAGCGAGGGUGGAAUUUAAAUACACUGCAGUUCCCAUCCAGUAUCCACCUGGCUGUGACAGUUCUGCACACUCAGCCAGGAGUUGCUGACCGUUUCAUCAAUGACGUCAGAGAAGUUACAGAGGAUAUCCUGAAAAAUCCUUCUAAAGAUGUUGGAGAAAAUGCAGCAUUAUAUGGAAUGGCUCAAAGCAUCCCUGAUCGUGCUCUAGUGGGAGAGUUAGCUUGGUGUUACUUGGAUGCUGUCUACUCUACAAAACUCUCCAUAGGACCCAGCAUGAAAUAGUCUAGUCACUCAAGAAAACAGUAGUCAUUAAACAUGUUUUUCACUUCCAAAUUUUGGGUCUGAUACUGUAUAUAAUCAAAUAGUUGCAGUAAGUGAUUCAGCAUUUCAUUUUUAUUGCAUGAUUCUAUAUUUGGUAAAUUUGUAGACAUUGCCAUGGAAAAUGUUUGUUUAUUGAUUUAUUAAAAAAAAUUGUUAAAUAUGUCACAUUCAAAGAGCUCUAACAUUAUGGGGAAUCAUGUGAUUUUCUAUUUGGAUGAAUAACCUUUUGUAUAACGUAAAAGUAGUUAUACAUUACAGGUAUAUUAAUAAAAGGAAUAGUUUCAGAAGUGCCAAUUAAUUGUUUUUACUGUCAAUUAAUAAAUGUUACACUUUG